AUGUCGGUAGCUGACGCCUCAUCAUUUCUGGUCUCCUCCACUCCUGCCUCAUCAUCCACGGGGUCUUCGGAAGUCUUUACAACACAUUCUCCGGUCCAGAUGAACAUCUGGACCUUGUUUCGACUUCCAGUGGGCUCCGAGCAGACUCAUAUCAUUCAGAAGGUUGGUACAAAAAGACAUAAGAAGGUUCUGCACUACUGUCUCUCUUGUGAGAAGCAGAAAGCGAAGCCGAUCUGGAGCAGUGCCUACACAGGCAAUGCGAAGGAGCAUGUCCAAAAGGUGCACAAAGCCGAGUGGAAGGAAUGGUCUCGCAACCACGGCAAUUCCUUGAGAACAGAUGGUCCAAAUCAAGCAUCCAUUGAUAGGUAUAUGCAACCAGUUGGUGUCCACUGUUCGAGGCACCUAACCCUCCGGCAAGCUUUUGAUAAGCCACGAUUUAUUAGGGCGUUUAUCGCUCUUUGCGCCCGACGGAGAGUAUCAUUGAGCGCAACAGAGUGGCCAGAACUUCAAGAACUUAUGUUAGCAGGCAACCCUACUAUACAAGACCUCUUGAAGCUGUCUCGACGGACGCUUGUGCGCCUCCUUGAAAGGAACUAUGUAGAGUAUCGUAAGCAACUCCAGACGGCGAUUCAAGACGCUGUCGGCCAGAUACACUUCUCCACGGACAUGUGGACAUCACCUGCGCGUCGAGGACAUCUCGCAAUCUGUGCACAAUGGGUUGAUUGUGAAUAUAGGCUGCGGAAAGCUCUGCUAGGACUCCCUCAAGUAUUGUACAGCCAUAGCGGAGAGUGUCAAGCUGUGCACAUCGUCAGGGUUCUCAGAAGUUACGGCAUUACCACCAGAAUCGGCUAUCAUACUGGCGAUAACGCUACGUCAAAUGAUACUAUGUUAAGAGCGUUAUCAGACCAUUUGAUGACUGAGUACAAUUUCAACUUCAACCCUGUUGCCUGCCGAAUCCGGUGUCUCGAUCAUAUCCUCAACCUCGCCCUUCAAGCCUUCCUACUAGCCAAGUCAAAGGAGGCUCUUAAAGCCGCUCUUAAAGCCGCUCUUAAAGCCGCACUUGACGCAAUUGAUCUGGCCGAAGAUGCAGACCCAUACGAAGUAUUCUCCGCCGCGAUGGGGGUGCCGAUGGUGCAAAAUAAUGGAGAUGGGGCGAGACCAAGAGAGAUUGCCGAAAGGGCUAGAGGCAAAGGCAAGCAGAAAGGCUUCGAGGGCUGGGGAUCGACCCCUGCACUCGAGAAGCUCCAUAACCUCGCUGUGUGGCUCCGAAACAGCCCAAUCCAUCAUGACUUAUGGGAGCGAGCUAUCGGUAUCAGUCUAGGGAUUGAUAACGAUACCAGGUGGUCAUCGUGGUACUUUAUGAUUGAUCGAGCGAUCCGGAAGAAGAACGAGAUCAUCAAAUUCUUACAUGAACACGAUGAGGCCUGUGGCCCCAACACUCUGACGCAUGGGGAUUGGGAGAUACUGAGAUGUACACACCAAUUUCUCCAAGUAUUCAACAGUGGCACUUUGUGGGUUGAGGGCGACCGUGCAGGCCUAUCUCAGUCGCGUGAGAUGAUGGACGUGAUUCUCGCUUUUUUUGAACAGCAGAAGAAUCUAUACUCAUCCGGAGAGCGGAAAGAUCUUCGGAUGGUCCAUUCCAUUGAGAUGGGGUGGUUCAUCCUUAACAAGUACUAUGAGCUCACGGACACCGUUCCGGUGUACGCUGCUGCGAUGCUGCUCGAUCCGUCAAAGAGAAGGCGAUAUCUGACCCAGAACUGGCCGGAGCAGUGGCAUCAGAAAGCUCUCGAUGCCACACAACGUAUUUGGGAAGACAAAUAUAAGAAUAUGCCACUCACUCAGCCUGAGGAGGAUGCGAUGCAGGUUGAUGGCUCUCUACCUUCUCCAGAUAAGCCGAGAAACGAGCUGGAUCGAUUGAAGCUCUCUCUGCAGGUUGAAUUGGCUGACCUCACGGAUGAGGACGAUGUGCAGCUAUUUCUUAAUGCCAGGCCCAUCUCGAUCAAACCUUUAACUCCCCUGGAAUGGUGGUGUUUACCAGAACAACGACAGCGCUACCCGCGGCUCCAUCGUAUGGCCAUCGAUAUACUCUCAAUCCCUCCAUCAUCAGCAGAGCCAGAACGAACGUUUUCAGCUGCUCGUCGUACACAAUCGUGGGACAGGCUUCGGAUGACGGCAAACAACCUAGAAAGGCUUGAGUGUAUCGGCAAUUGGUUGAGAAACGGACAUAUUGAUCUUGUACAUAUAAUCACGGCGAUUGAGGGUAUGAAUGAAGUGGAGGUCGAGCUAGAUUUUGACUCCGACGAGAUGGGAUAG